AUGCCGUUGUCAUACGACAAGUUGGAUCCCAGUGCCAGUCAGAUCCGUCUUUUAACUAUCAUUCCCGACGAGAAUGACGAGAACCCUGUUUGUGGAUCGCUCCAUACCGUGUCUCUCAACGACACCUGCGACUUUGACGCCCUGUCCUACGUAUGGGGCGACACUUCUGUGACUGUUGACAUCUCGGUUGAUAAUUGUAUAGUCGGUGUAACACCAAAUCUGCAUGCUUUCCUGCGGAAAAUUCGCCAGCCGAAUACAGAACGUACGGUAUGGGUUGAUUAUGUCUGCAUCAACCAGAACAAUAUCUCGGAGCGAAACUCGCAGGUUGCUUUGAUGUGUCAAAUCUAUUCGAAUGCUAGGUCGGUGGUUGCUUGGUUGGGGGAUCUGGCGCCGGAAGCUCUGGAGCUCAUUGAGUGGUAUCAUGCCAAUCGAAAUGGGUUUUACUUCGAAAGCACAGGUCUUCAUAUUGAUAAAGCUAUAGAAAAGCUGUUGACUCCUGCAAAAGCACUGUGUUCCUCGCCGUAUUGGCAUCGGGUAUGGACAUUUCAAGAGUGGCAUCUCUCAAAAAUUGCCCCUGUCUGUAUGCAUGAAAAGACGACUUUCACCAUGGGAAACAUAUUUAAUCGACUGCACGAUGAAGUAGCGGUCGCCAGGAGUAGGCUUACUUCUGAUACUAUCUCUUUGGACAUGCCAUACAGAGCAUAUCCAAAGCCGGUAGUAGCUAACUCAAGAUGUGCGCUUUUUUUUGGGUUGCAACGAAGACUCGACACACUUGUGAAUUAUAUCCCGCGGGAUAUUCUGCACCUCAAUCCGUAUACCCCGCGUCCAUCGGGGCUUGGUGACUUGCUAUCGCUUACGAGGGACCGGCAAUGCAGCAAUGAACUCGAUAAAGUAUAUGCGUUAUAUGGGCUUUCUCCUGUGGCUAGGGUGACAUACCCUCCCGACUAUCGAAAGACCAUCGGCCAGGUCAACCAUGAAACAACGUCAUUUAUAUUGGGACACGAAGCCAAUAUGAAUAUAUUCAAUGACUUCGAUUUCUGCUUCAAUUCUGCUAACAAAGACGAGUCACUCCCUUCAUGGGUUGUUGACUUCACCACGACGGAUCCGAAACAUCGCGAAAAGAUGCAGCAAAGCUUCUCCAAGACGAUGAAUCUGGACAAGGCUCUCUGGGAGCAAAGUAGAGACCAUGCUCCCAUAGUAGCAGAUGAUAUGUAG